GAAAAAAGAGAAGUAGAGAUCAAGAGAGAGUUACAAUAUUAUUGUUCUCAAAAAUAUAUUUAAACAAAAAUGGGGAUAAAGCCAUCUAAGAGUAAGAUCAAAUCCCAUUUCAAAGCAAACAAAAGCUCUUUUCCAGCUAAAACUAUGGAGUUGAAGGUGGAGAACCCCAUGUGGAGAAAACCCGAAAACUUCGUCGGAGAAUCUUACAGUAGUGUCAGAGUGUAUGCAGAGGCCGACGGAGAAGAGGCAGAAAGCACAAGCACUGGAAGCUAUGGAGUUUGCGGGCGGUCGAGGUCGUUUCAGACGGUGGAGAUGGACGGCGUUCCGUUUUCCGGCAGGGCGGAGGAGAGGCUGGCUUGGCUGCGUUCUCAGAUUAUAGGUGGAGAAGCAGAGUUUGAUUCUCCAUUUGGAAAAAGACGAAUGUGUUAUGCUGAUCAUACAGCUUCUGGUCGUUCUCUUCGUUAUAUUGAAGAUUUCAUCCUCAGAAACGUUCUUCCAUUUUAUGGCAACACUCACACAUGCGACAGCUAUGUAGGACACCAUACGACAAAGAUGGUGAACGAUGCAACUACGUACAUCAAGAGGUGUUUGGGAGGUGGAGAAGAAGCACUUAUAUUCUGUGGACAAGGCACAACUUCCGCCAUUAAAAGACUACAAGAAGUGAUGGGCAUUGCAGUGCCAUCCAUUCUGAGAGAGAGAGUUAUAGAAACCCUAAAGGAAGAAGAAAGGUGGGUUGUUUUUGUUGGGCCUUAUGAGCAUCACUCCAACCUACUCUCAUGGCGGCAGAGCUUAGCCGAGGUGGUAGAAAUUGGAAUGGAUGAGAAUGGACUUUUAGACAUUGGGAUGCUCAAAUCCCAACUUGAGGCAUAUAAGAAAACUGGAAAUAGACCAAUUUUGGGUUCUUUCUCAGCUUGUAGUAAUGUCACAGGAAUUUAUUCAGAUACAAAAGCUAUUGCUACACUGAUUCAUCAAUAUGGAGGCCAUGUUUGCUUUGAUUUUGCUGCAAGUGGUCCUUAUGUGCAAAUUGAUAUGCAGUCAGGGGAAAUUGACGGCUAUGAUGCAAUUUUUCUAAGUACACACAAGUUUCUUGGAGGGCCUGGAUCACCUGGAAUCCUUCUAAUGAACAAAAGUCUGUAUAAGUUAAAAUCAUCUCCUCCAUCAACUUGUGGGGGUGGCACCGUGAGCUAUGUCAAUGGCUUCAGUGAAAAGGACACACUGUAUAAUGAAGAAAUAGAAGAGAGGGAAAAUGGUGGAACACCACAGAUAAUAGGAAUAAUAAGAGCAGCUUUGGCUUUUUGGGUAAAAGAAUAUAUCAGCUACCAAGAGAUAGAGAAGCAAGAGCACCAAUACAUAGAAAGGGCUUUGAAGAGACUUCUCCCAAAUAGAAGUAUCUGCAUUUUGGGGAGCACGUCUUCUAAGCGACAAGCCAUAUUAUCAUUUAUCAUUUACUCUUCGACUAAUUCAUCGCCCAACUGUACAACUGACAAAUUAUGUAAACCUAAGAGCAGAGAAAAGGUUGAAAAGCUUUACCUGUGGGAAGAGACGGGGUGUAUGAGAGCCAAACCUCUUCAUGGUCCUUUCGUAGCAGCACUACUGAGCGAUCUGUUCGGCAUUCAGUCUCGUGGAGGAUGCAGUUGUGCCGGUCCCUAUGGUCACAAGCUGCUCGACAUUGAUGAAACAUGUUCGCAUGCCUACAGAUCUGCCAUUGCUAAGGGCUAUGCUGGAAUAAAACCUGGAUGGACAAGAGUAAGCUUUCCCUACUACAUGCCAAAUGAGGAGUUCGAAUUCAUUUUAAAAGCUUUGGAAUUCAUAGCUGAUUAUGGACAAAGAUUCCUUCCUUUGUAUGCCUUCAAUUUGAGAAUUGGUAGCUGGACACUGAAGAAAAAUGAGCUCGCCGACCUACUCGGGAAGGAGAAUUACAGUGACGGUCACAUCUUUGCAUUCAAAAACCAGUUUACCAAUGCAGAAGCAAAGUUAGCAGCCAUAGUAUACAAGCAUAAAUCAUAUUUAGAAUCUGCCAAAAAGAUUGCCAAUCUUCUCCCCAAGUUCCCUCCUGAGAGAAAGUUACACGAGGACAUUGAAUCCUCUCUAUUAUACUUCAGAAUCUAGAAAAAUACCACAUUGCUCAUGAUAGUUGAAUAACGAUAACCAACAAAUAAACAAUGCAUUAAUGAAUUCUUUUUUCAAUAUU